GGGUAACUAGGGUAAAAUUCAGAAUCACUUAUUUUUGUGGUGACGUCACUGUGGCACUGACCAAUCUGCGGGUCCAGAGUAACAUCAAUCAAACCCUGGAUCAAAUUUUCUCGGCUGGAGAAUUAUUCGAUCAUCGAUCAUUUAAAAGUCUUUGGUAUCGAUUUUCUCCCGCAUUUAGUGAAAAUGUUUUACUACCCCGCAGUUUUAAACCGUCAUUCUGGAUGUUUCUCCACAAUCUGGCUGGUUGCUACAAAAGGUAUCCGAGUUCCCCGCAGGGAUUUCUUAAAAGUGAAUGUCCAAAACACAUGUGAGGAUCUUAUGCAGUACGUGCUGGAGCGGGUUCCACCACCUCGACCUGGUCUGCCACAGCCUCGCUUCUCACUCUACCUGUCCUCACAACUCCAGUAUGGUGUCAUCAUGGUUUUCCACCGCCAGUGUGCUAUUCUCCUGGAGGAGAUUCAUACCAUUGUGGGGCAGCUGUUGAAACGGAUGGCAUCACAGAAUAUUGACCUGGAUGAUCCCACCAGACAAGCUCUGAUGCUCCCAGAUGCUCUGUCUCUACUGGAGGAGACAGAAGGCGCUCAGGACCCUUUAUUUGGCGUGAUGAGCAUGCAGGAUAUUAUGCCGAGUCCCACUACACUGAUGCAGAUGACUUUCCUGCACUGUGUCUCUCAGAUGGAUGAUACGUAUGCAGGGGCAGCCUUUCCUGAACAUCUUGGAAUAACCAGCCCAAGUGAUUCUGUGGCGGUAGAAAAAGGCAUAACUGCAUCACCAGACAGCAUCACUCUCAGAGAGACGGAGCCUGUCACUAUCCCCACUGCAGAGUUUGAGGGCGUGGAACUGGUGGAUCAGCUUUCAGAUGUGCUUGACCUGCUCAUGGCUCAAACAGAUCAUUUUCCAGAAGAUGUCGACGUGGUGAGAAAAGUGGUGACACCAGGACAGCAAGAGAGGGAGAUAGAAAGAGGUGUAUAUCGGGAGAGAGAGACAGCCAAGGAAAUCACUGGAUCCACAGCUGAAUUACAGCCCGACAUACUCCCUAGUGAAGAAGCCAUGCUGUUGCCUCAGGAAGUGCCUGGUGUGUCAGUUGAGAAGCCAGUGCCAUUUCCAGACCAAGUCACCCCCGUCUCUCUGCCUGUCCUCCCCUCACCACCUCCUGCAGUGAGGCAACAGGAAACACGCCGCCUAGAGUUAGAGGAAGUGUCCCCUCCAGAGGUGAGGAGGAGAAGGAAGAGGCAGCUGAUCUUCUUUGACCCAGAGACACAGCUCCCUCAGGAGAUGCUGCAGCAGCAGAUUGACGACCCACUGACUGAGACGAGACCCGUGCAUCUCAUUCCACCUUCAGCGCAGAGAACUCACUCUCCUGCUGAACUGUUGAACAACCCAUGCACCUUCUUGCCUGAAGAGGUGCUGUCUCUAUGGCAACGGGCAGCAACUGUCACAUCUGUCGCUGACUCGGACCUGACGGUUGGGGAGCGAGGACCCGAGUCCACGGACUCUGAAAAGGAAAGAGAGCGCGAAAUGGUCGAGGCGGCUGAAAAAGAAGAGGAGAGACGAGAACGCAGCCCCAGAGAGGUCCCGAGAGAUUUGACAGAUUCCGAGUUUUCAGGCCUGAUGCUGGAUGGCUCUGACCAAAAGGAGUUAUCUCGAGAAAUCUCGCCAGUGUUUACUUCAGACAGAGAAGGGCCCAUUGUAUCCAAGUCUUUGUCCGUGAUGCAGGACAUCCCAGAAGUGGAGGAUGAGUUUCCUAUGUUGUUUCCGUCGGACAGUGAAUCGGCACCUGUGCUUUUUCACUCUCUCCUGCCGCCGGAUGUUGACCGCAAAACUGUCAGCACUGCUUUUCAGGGGCUGCUGGAAAAUGUGUCGGCCAGGACGCUUCGUGUGAAGCAGGACGAGCCUUAUGGCGACAUAUUGAUUUUACCUGGACUCUGAUGAUGAAGACGUGCAAGUGAUUUUGUGACGAGCACACGUUCCCCACAUUCCCACUUCAAUGGUCUUCUGCAUCUUGUUAACAUGUUUGACAUUGAACACUGUUGUAUACAACUGUUUUUAUAAAAGUUGGCAUGAAUUUACAUCACUGUACCUGUUGCAAAUUUGACUAAUAAUCUGCAUAUGAAUGUUUCAACUGUUUUUUAUUGUUGUAUUGUUUUUAUACUCUUAUUAAUGUACUCAUGUUGUUCAGGUAACUGUGUUCCUCUGAACAUGUAUGGAAAAAUAAAAGUUUUAUAAGAGUU